AUGAACAACUCCCCCACACCCACCCAGAAAGAUCUCCACACACACACAUAUACAUACACACACCCCCCACACACCCACCAAUACACCCCCCAUAUACACACCACCACACACACCCACCCAUAUACACACCCCCACACACACACACCCAUAUACACACCCCCACACAAACCCACCAAUACACACACCCAUAUACACACCCCCACACAAACCCACCAAUACACACACCCAUAUACACACCACCACACACACCCACCCAUAUACACACCCCCACCAAUACACACCCCCACACAAACCCACCAAUACACACACACCCAUAUACACACACCCACCCAUAUACAUACCCCACACACACCCACACAUGUACAUACACACCCACCCAUAUACACCCCCCAAUACACACACACCCACCAAUACACACACACCCACCAAUACACACACACCCACCAAUAUACACACCCCCCACACAAACCCACCAAUACACACACACACCCACCCAUAUACACACACCCCCCCACACACACCCACCAAUACACACACACCCCCCACACAAACCCACCAAUACACACACACCCACCCAUAUACACACACCCCCCCACACAAACCCACCAAUACACACACACCCACCCAUAUACACACACCCCCCCACACACACCCACCAAUACACACACACCCCCCACACAAACCCACCCAUAUACAUACACACCCACCCAUAUGCACGCCCCUCAGCACACACACACCCCCACACAAACCCAUCCAUAUGCACACCCCUCACACACAUACACACGCACCCCACACAAACCCACCCAUAUGCACACCCCUCGCACACAUACACACACACCCCAUACAAACCCACCCAUAUACAUACACACCCACCCAUAUGCACGCCCCUCAGCACACACACACCCCCACACAAACCCACCCAUAUACACACCCCCACACAAACCCAUCCAUAUGCACACCCCUCACACACAUACACACGCACCCCACACAAACCCACCCAUAUACACACCCCCACACAAACCCACCCAUAUACACACCCCCACACAAACCCACCCCUAUGCACACCCCUCACACACAGACACAUGCACCCCACACAAACCCACCCAUAUAAACACCACUCACACACAUACACACCCCCCACACAAACCCACCCAUAUACACACCCACCCAUAUGCACGCCCCUCAGCACACACACACCCCCACACAAACCCACCCAUAUACACACCCCCACACAAACCCAUCCAUAUGCACACCCCUCACACACAUACACACGCACCCCACACAAACCCACCCAUAUACACACCCCCACACAAACCCACCCAUAUACACACCCCCACACAAACCCACCCCUAUGCACACCACUCACACACAUACACACCCCCCACACAAACCCACCCAUAUACACACCCACCCAUAUGCACCCCCUCCCACAGACAUGCACAGUUCCCAACCCUUUGUAUCUUCCCCCUUCACCCUACACACAUUCUCUCACCUCAUCUCUCUCUCUCUUUCUCUCUCUGCCACCACCUCUGUCUCUCUUCCCCCCCCCCGUCUUUCUCUCUUCCUCUCCCUUUCACUACUCACCCAUGCCUGUUUUGCCCUGCUGUGUCCAUCUCAUUCAUAGACUGUCCACACUUACUGCCUCAGUUCUCGUAAUAUGACACAACCCAGGGGACUGCAUGGCCUACCUUACCUGUGCCUCGUAGAGAGAAUGAUUGAGAAAUUGAUUCCUUCUGAUUUGUAAAUAUAUUCAUAAAUUAUAAUCCUUGGCUAAUCAAA